AAGUGCAGCUUUCUAACUCUACCGAGCCUUCUCAAAUGUAUAAAAUGGAGUAUUCUUACCUAAAUUCCUCUGCCUACGAGUCAUGUAUGGCCGGGAUGGACACUUCGAGCUUGGCAUCGGCCUAUGCGGACUUCAGUUCGUGCAGUCAAGCCAGUGGGUUUCAGUACAAUCCCAUCAGGACCACUUUUGGGGCCACCUCCGGCUGUCCGUCUCUCACGCCGGGGUCCUGCAGUCUGGGGACCCUGCGGGACCACCAGAGCAGCCCGUACGCCGCAGUUCCAUACAAACUCUUCACGGAUCACGGGGGACUGAACGAGAAGAGAAAGCAGAGGCGCAUCCGGACCACUUUCACCAGCGCACAGCUGAAGGAGCUGGAGCGGGUUUUUGCUGAAACACACUACCCGGACAUCUACACUAGAGAGGAGCUGGCACUCAAAAUCGAUCUGACUGAAGCCAGAGUGCAGGUAUGGUUCCAAAACCGACGUGCCAAAUUCCGCAAGCAGGAGCGGGCUGCAGCAGCGGCUGCAGCUGCAGCCAAGUCCAGUUCUGGAAAAAAGUCCGAUUCGAGAGAUGAAGACAGCAAAGAGACCAAAACCACCGACCCUGACAGCACAGGAGGACCGGGCCCGAACCCCGUGCCCACCUCCAACUGCGGCGGGCCGAGCCCUACUGCAGGCCAAGUCAACACCACCGGGAACGGACAAGCGGACCAAGUGAAGACCUCCGUGUCCACCGGCAUGGGAGUGACAGCACCAAGCCAAGGCUGGGCCACCGCACCGGGGACCAUCACCUCUAUCCCGGACUCAUUGGGCGGGCCCUUCGCCAGCGUACUGUCGUCUUUGCAAAGACAGAACGGAGCCAAAGCUACGUUAGUAAAGACCAGCAUGUUCUAAUGAAGCUUCACAUCGGGGAAAGAGAAGCAGAGCAGGGGAAGAGAGAUACGUUUCCUCCUUCUCUGGAGACUGAAAAGCAAUCGCCCAAGACUGACUUAAGGACAACAAAAAGCAGUUAGGAAAAAAAGAUUACUACUGUUAUCUUUUAUUUUUACGCCUUGCGUCGUUUCUUGUGGCCAGUUGGCAGUUUGCGGCAAACAUAUCCAUCUUGACA